CCCGGAUAAGUAGCACAAGCUUUGAAACGAACGAACAUCUUGCGUCAGUUCAAGAAAAGCCGGCAGUAUACUGCUAGUAAUAGUUUGACAACUAUUCGUGCGCUUCGGAUCAUUUACAGGGUAACUUUAAACGCGCAUACAGGCUGAGAAGAUGGACAUGGAGGAAGGGAAGGCAUCCAACGGAGAGACGCGCCUCGCUGAGCCCAUGGCCAACGGAAUGAACGGCCCCAACAAGGGCAACCCCGAGCCGCUGCCCCAGCGGGUGAGGAGGAUAGUGAUGGCCAACCUGCUGGUGAUUCUCACCGUGGCCGGGGUCAUCGUCGGCGUUUUUAUCGGACUUGGUGUGCGCAACGCGGAGCUGAGCAGGACCCAGAUGAUCUAUAUCGGCUUCCCCGGGGAGCUGCUCAUCCGGCUGCUGAAGAUGAUUAUCAUCCCGCUGGUGGUGUGCAGUCUGGUGUCCGGGGCGGCCAGCAUCGACCCCAAAGCCCUGGGCAAACUCGGCGGCUGGGCUAUGCUCUUCUUCCUGGUCACCACAUUAAUUGCCUCGUCCAUCGGGGUUAUUAUGGCUUUCAUAAUAGUCCCCGGGUCGGGGUCGAUAGCCAAACCCCAGGUCCAAGGCUUGGGCGACGACGUGCCUGCCGCUAAAGAAGUGGUAGACUCCUUCUUAGAUUUGAUCAGAAACAUCUUUCCUUCCAACCUGGUGUCUGCUGCCUUUCAGUCUUAUGCAACCAGUUACAAGCUGGUUACCAAGAAUGGCACGGAUGGAAACCUCAGUGUCACAGUGGAGAAGGUGCCGUUUGGAACAGACCAGGAUGGCAUGAAUAUUCUUGGUCUGGUAGUGUUUGCCAUUGUGUUUGGUGUGGCUUUGAGGAAGCUGGGAGAGGAAGGAGAGAUCCUCAUUAAGUUCUUCAACUCCUUUAACGAGGCCACCAUGGUGCUGGUCUCUUGGAUCAUGUGGUAUGCCCCUCUUGGUAUCAUGUUCCUUGUAGCUGGCAAGAUUGUUGAAAUGGAGGAUGUUGGCACAUUAUUUGCCAGUCUAGGAAAAUAUAUAGCCUGCUGUGUAAUCGGACACGCCAUCCAUGGCCUUCUGGUGCUGCCUGCCAUCUACUUCGUCAUUACAAGGAAGAACCCAUACACCUUUCUCUGGGGGAUAUUCACAGCUCUGGCAACGGCCUUUGGAACAAGCUCAAGCUCUGCCACUCUGCCCCUGAUGAUGAAGUGUGUGGAGGAAAAUAACGGCGUAUCCAAGCACAUCAGCCGUUUCAUCCUGCCCAUCGGAGCGACAGUCAACAUGGAUGGAGCUGCGCUCUUCCAGUGUGUGGCGUCAGUUUUCAUCGCUCAGCUGAACAACUAUUCCCUCAACUUCAUCCAAGUCAUUACCAUCCUUGUGACAGCUACAGCAUCCAGUGUUGGAGCUGCGGGUAUACCUGCUGGUGGUGUGUUGACCUUAGCCAUCAUCCUGGAGGCGGUGGGACUGCCCACCAAUGACAUCUCUCUAAUCCUGGCUGUUGACUGGCUUGUUGACCGGACAUGCACAGUGCUGAAUGUAGAGGGCGAUGCCUUUGGAGCCGGUCUCUUGCAGAACUAUGUGGACCGUACGUCCAAACGAGAAGAGGGAGCAGAGCUGAGCGAGGUCCGGCUGGAGGGAAACACAUCAGCUGCUGCCCCUGAGCACUCACCGCUUAUUGAGAAGCGAAGUGAGAAGGGCGGUGCUAAGAAGUCUCCGUCUGGGGAAAAAGAGUCUAUCAUGUAAUCCAGCUGCUGACACGCUCACUUAUUUUAACCCCCCCCCUGACUUUUUCUUCCUUUUGAGGGACAGUGUACAUUGGUCUGGCUACUAAUGUUUCAUUUGAUCAGUCCUCAUCAAUUUUAAAGUCAGACUUUUAUCAUGUGACCAGGUUGUAAAAAUCAAAUGUUCCCCAAUAUAAUGUAUUCAUCUACUGGGAAGUCGAGAGGCUGGACCAGUGACCAUCUGCCAAUUGUCGGCAAUGGCAGAUCUCAUGUUACAAAUAGAAGAAAAGUUUUGUGGAUGUAUUUACCUAUUGGCCACCUGGUUCCAAAUUAUAAUGAACUGGUAUUUACCAUUGCGUCAACUUCCUGGUGGAACACAUGGAAAUGUCCGGCUUUAAAAGCUGAGGAGGACCACGCACAGCUUGCAGCACCCGGUCUGUCAAGACAGAGUUUUCAUAUUCUCCAACUGGAAUACCUUUUUUUACAAUGAUUUUUUAGUUUUUUGGUUGUGUUCAAAUUUCAAUCUUCCAGUACAAAACAAUAUUUAUAUUUGUUGCGAAAUGUAUCAUCUUAAUACUUUGUAUAUGAACAUGAAUUGUUUGUGUGUUUUAUUAUACACACGGCCACUUUCAUGCAGAUUGUAUCCAACAUAUUUAUACUAUGUAUUUGACACAUCAUAAGUAAAGCACAUGGAACACUAGUUUAAAUAUAUUCCAUACUCUGCAUGUAAAUGAUUAUGUCUGUAUGACAAAAGGCACAAACAUGUGUUUUACUUAUAUCCACACAAUAACUGCCCAGAGCUAAAGAAAUGGGACUCUCAUGCUUGGACACCGAUUGACCUCGGAGCCUUUUUGCCUUUUCUAAUGGACAUCAUGCGACAGAAGGCAACACAACCUCAGGUUUAGCUAUGGCUUGAAGACUGUCCUUAAUAUUCUGAGACCAAAAAUCGCACCAACUCAGCAAAAAGGCAGAAGACCUUUAACUUCUGAUGACAUUGAAUGACAUUUCCAAGGAGAUAUGCUUACAUUUGACUCAUGCUAUCGCUCUGUGUAGGUACCAGCAUCUUAAGGCACAAAUGGGCUUUAAAGCACAGUCUGUAACAAGGAUGUGUUUGUUGUAUACAGUGUAGAGUGAUUUCAUAUGAUGUGUAAGUAACAAAAGUACUUCCGCUACAAGGAUGCCUAAAUGUUGACAGAACACCAGCAGUGGACUGCUGGCUCGUUUUGGCUGAGGACUGAAACCUGAAGGAUUUAAUUGAAAGUAAGCAUGUCUCUACUUAAACCUAUUUGUGUGGAUGUGAUGGCCAUAACACUAUAAAUACUAGUUUUGGGCUUUAGGCCUCCUUGUAUGUCAUUGGUGAUGCCUAAGAUAAUUAUUUGUUCAAAUCAUAUUUAUUUCCAUAAUUAAAAUCCAAAGACAUUUAAGACAAUGUUUGGAUAUUUUAGUAACUCCACAUUUUAUUUUAUUUUAUUUUUGCCAGCUUCAUAUCUUCUAUAUAGCCAGUUGGUGAUAGUUGUCAUGUUUUAUGUUCAUUUUUACGUUAUAUUUUAUUGUGAGUUAGAGUCUAGACUGUUGCUUCCAUCUGGUGACUCUUUUGGAGUUUUGCUUUUGCAGUUUGGCUGCAGAUGUUUAAGGCUUUGUGGUGUAGCCUUGAUGGUAUGAGUUGUGUUGACGGGACACUAGAGUGAUACUAUUUGCAAAGCAACAUGCAUAUAUGCAAUAUAUAUCUAUAUAGAUAUAUAUGUGUGUGUGUGCAACACAUGCUAUGUAUGAUUAACUACAGUUGCACUAUUGAAUGUUUAUCUCUUCCAUCCAUAUAAUCUUUCACAGAUCAGAGCUCUACCAAAUGACUGGGGUUUAUUUUGCGAAUCUUGUAUGAAAAAGAAAAAAUCACAAAUCUGUAUUCUUACAAGCUUUUAUAUGGUACUAGUUUUGUAAUACUUCCCAUGGUGAUCACUAUGAAAUCAUGGCAGGCCUGAGCCCUCAUCAUAUCGACAGUCUUAUGUCAUCAGUGUGCUAAAAUGUUAACCAUUGCCUCAAAACUUUUUUGGCUUCAGUUUCCACUUAAUUCUUUUUUUUUUUGUUGGAAGGUUGUAAAGAUGUAAUCAUCCUUUGAGAUAUUUCAUCUGAUGGUUGUUUGUCUAGCUCGAGCAUAGUAUGUGUCGAGUGUCGUGUGUGUGUGCACGUUUCUUGUAAUGCUGUUACAAUUUGGGUAUGUUUCAAAAACCUUUCCCGGUUAGUCUGAAUUUACUGUCCUUAGGGUUUAAACAAUAAAGGCAUUUUUUUAUUA